UCUCUUGUGUCUCUCAGGUCAGUGAAUUCUUUCUUGAUGUGCUGUUUGUGAUAAUUCAUUUAAAUGCUGAAGAAAAGGUUUGUCAGUUGGGGCCGCCUUGUAUUUUCUAAAGUUCUGGUGUCUUGUGUUUCUCACAGGGUGGUUCAUCCUCCCCUCCUGCCCUCUCCGUCAGUACUACGUUGUGAACCAACCUUUGACUUGGUAUGAAGCUCAGGCCUACUGCAGAGAGAGAUUCACAGACCUGGCCACGUAUAGGCAACACGACCGAAAUGAACCGACUUAUCGACACACUUUCCUCCACUGGCUACAACUCUGAGGUGUGGAUUGGUGCGUUUGCUGAAGUCAACUGGAGAUGGUCAGAUGGCAGCAGGGCUGAGUACAGGUUUUGGGCAGAUGGUGAACCCAAUUAUCUCACAAGUGAAAUGUGUGUGGCCACUAGCCCCACUGGACCAUGGGAAUCUCUUCGCUGUGACAUUUUCCUCCCGAUGGUGUGUUACAAAGGAACCCAACAGAAUCCUGAAUUUGUUUCUGUGGUUAGCCAUCACGGGACUUGGUCCUAUUCUCAGAAGUACUGCAGAGACAACUACAUAGACCUGGCCACUGUGAGGAACGAAGCAGAAUACGACAACGUCUUCGACUCAAGAGCCAACCACCGGGUGAAUGCUGCAUGGAUUGGCUUAUUCAGAGAUCCUGUUUUUAACUGGUCUGAGUGGAGCAGCUUCGUCUUCCGCCACUUCGAUGAUGAUGUAGACCCAUUCGGCUCAGAUAAAGUCUUUUGUGGUGCUUCAUCUCUGAGCAGAUCAGGAAAAUGGAGCUUUUUGCUCUGUGAAAGAAGGUUACCAUUUGUCUGCAACACCCCAGCCGUGAAGCGGGUGGUGAAGCUGAGGAUCAAACUGGACGACUCCUGUGUGGAUCUGAACGACCCUGCUGUGAAAGCGGCGCUCCUGAAAAAGCUCCAGGACAGACUGGAGGAGGAAGGAGUGAGUGGAGUCACCCUGAAGUGGAGAGAGCAGCCUGAUGGGGAAGUCUGGCACAAAGAGGAUCUCUAA